UUCUGAUACCAAGGAUUGAGUAUAGAAUGCAGCAUAGCUCAAUAAGUUUGCACUCAAGUAAUCAAGAAAGAAACGAAAAGAUUCAAAACUCUCAAAAAGCCGUCACGAGUUCUCUCACAAGUACCUGCAAACAACUAGUAACAUCUAAUGACAGC